UUUCAUUCUCCCCCUCUUCUGUCGUUUGAUCUCUCUCUCUCUCUCUCUCUCUCUCUCUCUCUCUCUACGUGUGUCUCUGGUCGCUCGUCUGCUCCAAUUCAGUCUGUGCGGUUUGGUUGAUCUCUGGGCAGGUUUAGUUUGGCACGGGUUGUAGACCGUGUGAUCUCCACUUAACUGACUGAGAUGCUCGGAAGAUGUCGAGUAGGAGAUUGUUUAACUCGUUGCCUACCACAGUGAGAGCAGCAAGACAGAAAUGCGAGCCCUGCUUCUCCUUAGGCAAGGAAUUGGGCUCGUUCGGGGAUUGCAUCAAGCACGUGCUGCGACGUCAAUUGUCAGUCGGGUUCAUGUUACUUUUCUCUGUACCUGGACAUCACCUGUGCUUUCCGAGGAAAGUUUAGAAACAAAGGAACAAGCCAAGUGCUUAUCAUAUAGAAUAGAGAAUCUUCCGAGAGGAGAACCCAUUGGUUCUGCAUGUCAGAGUUGGAUGGCCGACGGAUUUCCCAUCCAUAGAGGAGAUGUCUAUCAUGCUAUAAAUCGGCUGAGGAAGCAAAAGCUGAAUAAACGGGCUCUAGAGAUGAUGGAAUGGGUUAUUCGUGAGAGGCCAUACAGGCCCAGGGAGCUUGAGUACUCUUAUCUGUUGGAGUUCACGACAAGACUUCACGGGAUUCCCCAAGGUGAGAGGCUCUUCUCGCGGAUCCCUUCGGAGUUUCAGAAAGAAUUGCUUUACAACAAUUUCGUGAUAGUUUGCCUAGAGAAGGGCGUAAUAAGGCUUCCUUUAGUCUACAUGAGGAAAAUGAGGGAGCUAGGCUACCCUAUCUCGUAUCUGGUUUUUAACCGCCUUAUUAUUCUCCAUUCCUCCUCCAGUCGUAGAAAAUUCAUCCCAAAGAUCCUCACUCAGAUGAAGGCCGAUAAGGUGUCCCCACACGUUUCCACCUAUAAUAUCCUCAUGAAAAUAGAGGCCAAUGAACAUAACAUUGAGAGUCUAGUCAAAGUUUAUGGCGAAAUGGAUCGAAUGAAAGUCGAGCCAAAUGAGGUUUCUUAUUGCAUAUUAGCAACUGCUCAUGCUGUUGCAAGGCUGUAUACUGCCGCCGAGGCUUAUGUCGAGGGUAUAGAAAAGUCUAUCACUGGGAAUAAUUGGUCCACGCUUGAUGUCCUCCUUAUAUUGUAUGGGUCACUCGGAAAGGAAAGACAGUUGGAACGAAUUUGGAGCACCGUGAAAGAGUUGCCCAAUGUUCGGUCCAAGAGUUAUAUGUUGGCAAUAGAAGCAUUUGGGAGGAUUGGGCUAGUUUCUCGUGCUGAAGAGCUGUGGUUCGAGAUCAGUUCAGCAGAAGGCCAGAAAUUAACGGAGCAAUUCAACUCGGUAAUUUCAGUUUACUGCAGGCACGGGCUCAUCAACAAGGCAUCGGCUCUUUUCCGACAAAUGGCGGACAAUGGGUGCAAGCCCAAUUCAAUAACUUACAGGCAUCUCGCUUUGGGCUGCUUGAAAGCAGGUUUAGUAGACGAAGCCCUGAAGACUCUUGAUAGAGGGUCUCAACUGAGGACAAGCACAAGAAUCCAGAGAUCAACGCCGUGGUUAGAGACCACAUUUUCAAUGAUAGAGAUUUUUGCAGAGAAGGGGGAUGUCGAUAAUGCGGAGAAGUUAUUCAAGGAGCUUGCUCUAGCAAAGUAUACGAGAUAUACGUUUGUGUACAAUACAUUGAUUAAGGCAUAUGUGAAGGCAAAGGUUUAUGAUCCGAAUCUCUUGAGAAGAAUGAUCUUAGGAGGGGCAAGGCCUGAUGCUGAGACAUAUAGCUUAAUGAAACUCUCAGAGCAGUUUCGGAGAUAGCAUUGUUCUGUACUGAUUUUGUGUCAAUGUAUUUUUGUAUCUUCAUAAUGUAGAAGCUAUCGGUUGUACAUUAUAAGUUGUUUCCAGAAUGAAAUUCCAGGCAAAUUUUGAAUCAUGGUUUGGGAGUUGGAUGAUG